UAAGUGAGGACUUUUCGAAGCUUUUGUUUUGCGAAGAAUUGUAAGCCCUAGCAAGUUUUAAAUAAAAACUAUAACAUAUCCAGUCAAAGAUGCAACUGAAUAACAAUUCUUUCCUGAUCACUAGCAAGAUGUUUAAAAAUGAAAAUUUGGUCAUGUGGGGAACUGGGUGCAAACAAAUAGGCACUAACGUAGAAAUUCAGUUUUGGCAACUGAAAGAAGAGCCAAAAUAUCCUGGAUAUUUCUACAUCUGUAACACAAAAUAUGAUGGAUAUAGAAUUGCCAAUUUGGGACCUAGAAUUAGUUGUGAAAGUGAACCAGAUAAUGAAAAUCAGAUGUUCAAAUUUGAAGAAGUUGGUGAUAGUUUCUACCGAAUAUGCAAUUAUAAAAAACAAGAAGCAAAACUAACAAAAUGGGGAAAAGAAAAUGAUGAAUUGGGUUUCUCUGAUGGAACUGGUGAUGACAACCAAUCAUGGAAACUGGUACCAAGGUUCGAAGCAUAUGUUACAACUGUGACGAUAUGGAGCUACGACAACAGACAUAUAUCAGAAUCUUUGUCAGAAGAAAUAUCUGUAACAACUGGCCUCAAGUUUACAUCUUCCUCGACUACUCCAAUCACUAUUGGUUUGGAGCAAUCGUUAAUGGCCUCCGUUUGUUCAGCUGCAGUAGAUGAAGAAUCUAAGGUUGAGAUAAAUGAUGAGAUUCAAUAUUCAUUGUCGCAAAGCACAGAAGAAGAUUGGAGUCGUACUUCUGCAAUAGAAUAUACAGUACCAGCAGGAAAGAAUUUUCGCGUAAAACAGCUGACGUGUGAGUUUUAUAGCCUUCUUAGGUCCGAUACUUGUGUUUUGACAUGCAAAUCCAUCAUCGAAGAAACCAAGGGUACAUUUUUAUGAAAACGGGACCCUGUUAUAAUAUCAGUGCUAUUCUUCUUAAGACAAAUAAUUAUUUUGCCUGUUAUAUCGUUAUUAUGAUUGCUGCUAUAAAAGUUUUGAUGUAAAGAUAAACGUACACCAAUGGUGAAUUAAAUCAAGCCUUGCACUGAUCAGCUCUAGUAUUCUCCCAAACGUUUCUUUGGUUUGCAUACGCCUGUACAAACAGAUUAAACUGUAAACAUCUAUUAUCUUUUUAAUUAAUUGAAUCGAGUAUUUUUAAGCAUUUUUAGCAAAAAUUAAUAACCCAUUUUAAAAUUUGAGGUUCGUGUCAUUGUAUGAAUACUUGUAAUCAUAAACUAUCAAAAACACUGUCAAAAUUUA